UUGCCCAUCUGGCCACGCCUUCUUGUGAAAUGAAUCCCUAUGAUGUGAGGGGAAAUUAUGCGUUCAUGAUUUCAGUGGUAAGAUGUGCAGUUCGCUUGGAGGGUGUGCUGUCAAAGGUGUCUUUAAUUGUGACAGAACCGCAUGACCUGAUCGCGGAGCUGAAACCCGCUCAUCCCCCGCGUCUGUACGGCUCUGCCGGCUGCGAGACAUGGAGCGUCCGCUUCUCCCCGGACGGAUCUUAUUUUGCCUGGUCAAUGGGACACGGCUUCGUCAAACUCCUCUCCUGGCCGCUGACAUCCGAAGACACUGAAGCUGGACGCAGUGAAGAGAAGACACUUAACUGCAGGCAAACGGUGUGGGCACUGGCGUUUGGACCAUGCAUGUCUACCCAAGAUGCUUUACAUCAGAACAGACGUGAUCACGAGCUACUGCUGGCCAUUGGUCUAAACAACGGCGUGAUCCAGGUGUGGGUCGUCUCAACUGGAAAUCUGCGGGUUACUCUAACCGGACAUCAGGCUCCUGUUAGGGAUUUAGUCUUCGCUCCAAAUGGAAGUCUCACGCUUGUAUCAGCCUCCCGAGACAAAACUUUAAGGAUAUGGGACUUGGCGAAGAAAGGUGCCAGUCCCCAUGUGCUGCGGGGUCCAGACUACUGGGUCUUCAGAUGUUCCAUAUCACCUGACAGCAGUGUGAUCGCCUCCGUUUGCAACCUCGACUCUAAGGUGUAUUUGUGGAGCCUGAGGUCCUACACCUUCAUGAGACACCUUACAUAUGACCACGAGCGCACCAUGGCAUCAUGCGACUUUUCCCAGGAUGGAGCGCUGCUCGCGAUCGCUUCGUAUCAUUCGACCACAGGCUGGUGGCUGGACCUGUGGGACCCCUAUACAGCUGUUCUCCUGACUAGAGCAGAAGACUGUGAGGUGUGUGCUUACAGAAGUGACAAUCUACUGACGUCUCUUAGCUUCUCUCCGGUUGGUCUGCUUCUGGCUUUUAAAGACUACAGGGCGUUACGGAUUUGGGAUGUGGAACGAGAUAAACUGGUCACAGACACGGAUCACAACCGAGCCGGGGGCGUGUGCUGUGCUUUCCAUCCACACGGGGGCGUCAUCGCCACAGGGUGCAGAGAUGGACAUGUAAAAUUCUGGCGAGUUCCUCGUCUCGUUCCGAGCCUAAAGCAUCUGUCUCGGAUUGCCCUGAGAUUCUCCAUUUCAACCUAUCAAGUGGAGGCUCUUCCCUUGCCCCCAAAAAUCCUGGAAUACCUUACUUACAGGGACAUUCCAAAGCAAAAGACUUUAUAUUGUAAAGAACACUGCAGAUGACUGAAAACAGUAAUGUUUGUGGGACACCAUACUUGAAAUAUUUAAAUACUUAAUUUUUUUACAUAACUACUUUGAAAAUGUAACAUUUGUUUUACAAAGUACUGAGACAAGAGUUAUUUUAAGCUUAAAAAAAACAUUUCAAAAU